UCAGACACACGCUGUCAGAGAACCUUACCUGCCCAGCUCUCCAGUUGCUCCGCCUUCCUCAACACGCGCAACCACACCACCUCCACACCCAUCACCCUAACGACUUUCACGAUAUCAUCCAUCACCACCCCCGUCGCACGCAACUAAACCGCCUUUCACACCCACUGCAUUCACAAUGGCCGAUCGCGAGCAGCCCUACGACCCGUACAUCCCUUCCGGCGGCGCCGGCCAGCAGGGCGCCCAAGGCCAGAAUGGCAACAUGCGCACUGCCGCUCUCCAGGCGGAGAUCGACAGCACGGUUGGCAUCAUGCGCGACAACAUCAACAAGGUCUCUGAGCGCGGUGCUCGUCUAGACUCGCUGCAGGAUAAGACCGACAACCUUGCCGUCUCCGCACAGGGCUUCAGAAGGGGCGCCAACCGUGUGCGCAAGCAGAUGUGGUGGAAGGACAUGAAGAUGCGCAUGUGCUUGAUCGUCGGCAUCAUCAUCCUGCUCGUUGUCAUCAUUGUUCCUUCUGGUGAGUCUUGCAAGAUACAGUGGUGACGAACU